AUGGAUUUGGCCAAUCAUGGACUUAUACUUCUGCAACAGCUAAAUGCCCAGAGAGAAUUUGGUUUUCUCUGCGACUGCACAGUAGCCAUUGGGGAUGUUUACUUUAAGGCACACAAGUCGGUCCUUGCAUCAUUUUCCAACUAUUUCAAGAUGCUCUUUGUUCACCAGACAAGUGAAUGCGUACGUUUAAAAUCAACGGACAUCCAACCGGAUAUCUUCAGCUAUCUUUUACACUUGAUGUAUACUGGAAAAAUGGCCCCUCAGCUUAUUGAUCCUGUGCGCCUUGAGCAAGGCAUAAAGUUUUUGCAUGCCUUUCCUUUAAUACAAGAGGCCAGCCUUGCAAGUCAUGGUGGAUUUUCUCAUGCAGAUCAGGUUUUCCCUCUUGCAUCUUCUCUCUAUGGUAUCCAGAUUGCAGAUCAUCAGAUCAGACAACCAACAAAAGUUACAACUGCAGCUGAGAAGACUACACGAGAAAAUCGACCACAGUCUUCGAGGGUGAACCAGGAAACAACAUCAGACAAUGUACAGUUAAAUCAACUCCCGUCUUCAUUGCCAGCAGCAAACCGGACAAAUUUAACUUUCUCUGAGCCAGUGCAUGCUCCAUUGUCUCCAGAGCCCACCUCAUCUGUUCCUGCUCCUUCUGCACUGGAAGAAAAUAGCAUGGAGGAAUCGCCAAGCGAGGAGCAAAAUACAUCCCUCACAAUUGCUCAUGUCAAGCCAAGCAUCAUGAAGAGGAAUGGAAGCUUUCCCAAAUAUUAUGCCUGUCACUUGUGUGGUCGGUUUUAACUUGAGGAGCAGUUUGCGUGAACAUCUUCAGCUUCACACAGGAAUGCCAUUUAGCGCCACUGCUGGGCAGACUGAGGCCAGUGUCUCUCCUUCUUUCUGUAAUAAUGGGUCAGAGAUAGGAAAGGAAUCCAUGGAGACAACAGAGACUGGCAUGAUAAGUGACAGUGAUAUGGCUCCGAUCUCAGACUCGCCGAUAAUAGAUGGUCAGCAGCAGGCUGAGACGCCGCCACCGUCCGAUAUUGCAGAUAUAGAUAACUUAGAGCAAGCCGACCAAGAAAGAGAAGUGAAACGUAGAAAGUAUGAGUGCACUAUCUGUGGGCGUAAGUUUAUUCAGAAAAGCCAUUGGAGAGAGCACAUGUACAUCCACACGGGCAAGCCAUUCAAGUGUAGCACCUGUGACAAGAGUUUCUGCAGGGCCAACCAAGCUGCUAGACACGUAUGCCUAAAGAGUUCUGACACCUACACGGUGGUCGACAAGCAGACUCUGGAGCUGUGUUCGUUUGAUGAAAGCAGUCAGUUAGACAACAUGCUCGUUCAAACAAAUAAACGUUACAAGUGCAACUUGUGCGACAAAACGUUCUCCACGCCUAAUGAGGUGGUAAAACAUACGUGCCAAGGCCAAAACUCAGAUGUCUUUGCUCUUGAAGACGAAGGAAAGUCAAUCUUGUUAAGUAGUGGGGACUCAGAACCAGCAGACACUGAGAACUCUAUGCUAGCAACUAUUAAAAAAGAGCAAGAGCCUGUGCUUGAUUAG